AUGCGGUUUGAAUGCGAAGACAUCCCAGAAGAAACGUUGAUUUUCCACAAAAAGAUCGGAGAAGGUGUCAGCGCGACUGUGUGGCUUGCAGAGGACAGGGACACCCAUGAACUGUACGCCGUCAAAUCUUUCAAGGCAAUCCGAUCACGUCACAAUCAGUUUCGCAAGGAGGUGGGCAACCUCAUCUUUCUGAAUGCUCGAGACCCUGGAAACAAGUUCGUUCCUAAGCUUUAUGGAAUCAUAAAUGAAAAGACCAGGCUGUGCAUCGUGAUGGAGCUCAUUCGCGGAAGGACUGUAUCUCAAGAAUUGCUCCGCUCUCCGUAUGAGAAUGCUGGGCUACCCAUGACGUCGAUAAGGUCCACGGUAAGGAGCAUCCUCGAGACUCUUCGCUUCAUGUCCUCAGACAGCAUAAGGAUGGUGCAUUGCGACAUCAAACCCGAGAAUAUCCUGAUUGUCAAGGAGAGAGCCAGGGAGAAGGCCGUGCUGAUCGAUUUCGGUUUGGCGUCUAGAGAGCAGAAGAUGCAGAACAUGUACGUCCAGAGCCGGUGGUACCGCUCACCCGAGGUUCUACUGGGCAUUCCCGCGAGCAUUCAAGCAGACAUGUGGUCGCUAGGAUGUUUGCUGGUCGAGAUGUUUUGUGGCAUCUGCCCGUUCAGGGGAAAAGAUUCCCUAGACCAGAUGCUGCUCAUUGUGGAUGCUCUAGGAAUGCCGCCCGAGCACAUGACUGGAAGGUCUCGUGACGUCUUGCUCGGCUGCAACUGA